ACGAGAAGGAGCAGCAGGAGAUGGAGCAGACUGUGAUCCGCCUCCAUCACUGUCAGAAGGAGAUCUUCUGCUUCUCGGUGCCGGAGGAGUGUCCGAGCUGCGGAGAGGAGCUAAGGGGGAGCAGACUGCAGGAGGCGCCGGUCAGCCUCCCCUCCCCCCUCACCAACGGACACAAGACCUCCUGCUGCCUCCUCGUCGCUCCUGCACACGACAACAUCAACAGAGACUUUGAUGGGACGUCAGAUCUUCAUACUGGGAUUUCCAACACUUCAG